AUGGGCUUCGACCCGUCGCGCUUCGCGGCGCCGGUGGCGGCGGAGCUGCAGUGCAAGCUGUGCGGGCGGGUGCUGGAGGAGCCGCUGUCCACGCCGUGCGGGCACGUCUUCUGCGCCGGCUGCCUGCUGCCCUGGGCGGCGCGGCGGCGGCACUGCCCGCUGCGCUGCCAGCCGCUGGCGGCCGCCGAGCUGCGCCCCGUCCUGCCCCUCCGCAGCCUCGUCCAGAAGCUGGAGGUCAAGUGCGACUACAGCCCGCGGGGCUGCGGCCGCACCGUGCGGCUGCGAGAGCUGCCCGCCCACCUCGCGGCGUGCCGCUACGGGCCGCCGCCGCCGCCCGGCCCCGCCGAGCCGGAGCCGCGGGGCGGGCCCCCCUCCGGCCGCUCGGGGGGCGGCUCCGCGGGGCAGCCGCGGCGGCCCGCGGCGGGGGCCCCCCCGCGGCUGCGGGCGGGCGGCGGGCACCGCUGCCUGCGGGCGCUGCGGAGCGGCGGCAGCCCGGAGCCGGGUCCCGAGCUGAAGAGGGAGGCCCUGCGCUGGAGCAGGAGGGAGAAGUCGCUGCUGGCGCAGCUCUCGGCGCUGCAGAGCGAGGUGCAGCUGACGGCGCGGCGGUACCAGGCGAAGUUCGGCCAGUACAUGAGCCACAUCAGCAGCAUCACCCGGGACCUGGCGGGCAGCCAGCCCGGCAAGGGAGGAGAACCCAAACCAUUAACAAUCAUGCUACACCGAGAAAAUGAUACUUUGGGAUUCAAUAUUAUAGGAGGACGACCCAAUCAGAACAAUCAGGAGGAAUCUGCUGAGGGAAUUUAUGUGUCAAAGGUUUUGGAAAAUGGACCCGCAGACAAAGCAGAAGGCCUGCAAAUUCAUGACAAGAUUAUUGAGGUCAAUGGGAAGGACCUCUCCAAGGCCACUCACGAAGAAGCGGUGGAAGCUUUUCGCAAUGCCAAGGAGCCAAUUGUAGUUCAGGUUUUACGACGAGCCCCAAUUAGCAAAGCUCAUGGUAGCUCUCAGGAUGUUCGGCUUGUGGAUGCCAGCACUCAGACUGACAUCACUUUUGAGCACAUUAUGGCUCUGGCCAAACUAAGGCCUUCCACACCACCAGUUCCUGAUAUCUGCCCUUUUUUACUUUCAGACAGCUGCCAUUCUCUUCACCCAGUGGAGCAUGAAUUUUAUGAAGGUAAUGAGUAUCUUUCCAGCCUGCCUGCUGAUGCAGAUAGAGCAGAGGACUUUGAGUAUGAGGAGGUGGAGCUGUGCCGCAUUAGCAGCCAGGAGAAGCUGGGGCUGACUGUCUGUUACAGAACCGAUGACGAGGAGGACACGGGGAUCUAUGUCAGCGAGGUUGAUCCAAACAGCAUUGCUGCCAGAGAUGGCCGGAUCCGUGAAGGAGAUCGCAUUUUGCAAAUAAAUGGCCAAGAUGUCCAGAAUCGGGAAGAGGCAGUGGCAUUGCUCUCCAGCGAAGAAUGCAAGAAAAUCGUGUUGCUGGUUGCAAGACCGGAGAUGCAGCUGGAAGAAGGGUGGCUGGAUGAUGAAAGGAAUGAAUUCUUAGAGGAGUUAAACUUGGAAAUGUUGGAAGAGCAGCAUAAUGAAGCAAUGCAGUACACAGCCAACGAGGUGGAGCAGCCAAAGAAACAUGAAGAGGAGGAUGGCACUACAGACACUGCAACCUCAUCAUCCAACAAUCAUGAGAAGGACAGUGGGGUGGGACCUACAGAUGAAAGUCUGCGUAAUGACGAGAGCUCGGAGCAAGAAAAUGCACCUGAGGAGCAAAACAGCGCUACCCUGCAGAGCAAACGGGAGCUGGGCCACAGCCAAGAUACAUUAGGAAGUGUUGAGCUCCAGUGCAAUGAAAGCUUUGUGCCUGGGGAAUACAUUGAGUCUGAUUUCAUAGGAAACCCAGAGGAGGAGUGUGAAAGGUUUCGGCAGCUGUUGGAACUGAAGUGCAAGAUUCGAAACCAUGGGGAGUACGACCUGUAUUACUCGAGCAGCACAAUAGAGUGCAACAGAAGAGAGCAAGAUGGAGUGGAGCAUGAGCUGCAGCUACUCAAUGAGGAACUGAGGAACAUUGAACUCGAAUGUCAGAAUAUUAUGCAAGCUCACCGGCUCCAAAAGGUGAGGGAUCAAUACGGAGACAUUUGGGCUUUACAUGACGAAGGGUUCAGGAAUUAUAAUACCAGCAUAGAUGUACAAAGAGGCAAACUGGAUGACAUCAUGGAGCACCCUGAGAAGUCCGACAAGGACAGCUCCAGCGCCUACAACACGGCCGAAAGUUGCAGGAGCACUCCGCUGACUGUGGAGCGAUCCCCAGAUAACUCUCUCCAGAGGAUGAUCAGCAUAACCAACAGGAAAAACCUGAGGAGCACAAUCGUGGCUAAUCAGUCAUCCUCUGGACAAAGCAACAGGGAGACAACCUCAGCCAAAACCAAACCCACUGAGCAAAACAGUGCUGCUGAGGAUGCAGUGCUGGCAUCAGAAAGCGGUAAAUUCACAGACCAGGAAAAGCAGAGCAGCGAGCACAUUCCCUACCUGUCUCCAUAUCACAGCUCUUCUUACAGGUACGGGAAUAUACCUGCUCAUGCAAAGCAUUAUCAAAGUUAUAUGCAACUGAUCCAGCAGAAGUCUGCUGUGGAGUACGCCCAAAGCCAGCUCAGCCUGGUGAGCAUGUGCAAAGACUCGCAGAAGUGUGCGGAGCCCAAGAUGGAAUGGAAAGUGAAAAUAAGGAGUGAUGGGACGAGGUACAUCACAAAGAGACCAGUUCGAGACAGAAUCCUGAAAGAACGUGCCUUAAAAAUUAAAGAGGAGCGCAGUGGGAUGACGACAGAUGAUGAUACGAUGAGUGAGAUGAAGAUGGGUCGCUACUGGAGUAAAGAAGAGCGGAAGCAGCAUUUGGUGCGAGCUAAGGAGCAGAGGAGGCGGCGGGAGUUCAUGAUGAGGAGCAGGCUGGAGUGUCUUAAGGAAAGCCCGCAGAGUGGCAGCGAGGGCAAAAAGGAAAUUAACAUUAUUGAACUGAGUCACAAAAAGAUGAUGAAAAAGAGAAACAAGAAAAUCUUGGACAACUGGAUGACAAUCCAAGAACUGAUGACACAUGGUGCUAAAUCUCCAGAUGGCACAAGAGUGCACAAUGCCUUUUUAUCAGUUACUACUGUAUGA